CCGGCGCUGCCCGCGGGAGCCGCUCCGCUCUGCCGCCGCAGCACCACCGGCACCUCGGGGAGCGGCGCCUCUGCCAGGCAGAAAAACUUCUUCCUCCUCCCGCAGCAGCCGCCCAGGUGCCCGCCUGCCCGCCGCCCUGGCGCACCUUUUGCCGGCCCCUGCCAUGUACAGCAUGCUGGAGACGGAGAUCAAGGCUCCGCAGCCCACGCCGGGCAACACCGGGGGCAACCCCGCUCCGGGGAGCAACGGCAAAGGCGGCGGAGGCGGCGGGGGCGGCAACGGAGCGGGAGCGGGCUCGGACCAGGACCGGGUGAAGCGCCCCAUGAACGCCUUCAUGGUGUGGUCACGCGGGCAGCGGCGGAAGAUGGCCCAGGAGAACCCCAAGAUGCACAACUCGGAGAUCAGCAAGCGGCUCGGGGCCGACUGGAAGCUGCUGAGCGACGCCGAGAAGCGGCCCUUCAUCGACGAGGCCAAGCGGCUGCGGGCCGUGCACAUGAAGGAGUAUCCGGAUUACAAAUACCGGCCCCGGAGGAAGACCAAGACCUUGCUGAAGAAGGACAAAUAUUCGCUGCCCGGCAACCUGCUGGCCCCGGGGGGGGGCAACGCGGUGAGCAGCCCCGUCGGGGUGGGGCAGAGGAUUGACACUUAUGCCCACAUGAACGGCUGGACCAACGGAGCUUACUCGCUGAUGCAAGACCAGCUGGGCUACAGCCAGCACCCGGGCAUGAACAGCCCGCAGCUGCAGCAGAUGCACCGCUACGACAUGACGGGCCUGCAGUACAGCCCCAUGAUGUCCACGGCCCAGACCUACAUGAACGCCGCCUCCACCUACAGCAUGUCCCCCGCCGCCUACGGCCAGCAGCCCUCCACGGCCAUGAGCCUGGGCUCCAUGGGCUCCGUGGUGAAAUCCGAGCCCAGCUCGCCGCCUCCGGCCAUCACUUCCCACUCGCAGAGGGCCUGCCUGGGAGACCUGCGGGAUAUGAUCAGCAUGUACCUGCCCCCCGGGGGGGAUGCCACAGACCCUUCCGCCCUGCAGGGCAGCAGGUUACACAGCGUCCACCAGCACUACCAGAGUGCCGGGACUGGCGUGAAUGGCACCGUACCACUGACUCACAUAUAAACCUGACUGCUCCGGACGGCUCCCCGUCUAAAUCCCUAACCCCACCACCGCUCCCUGACUGCACCGGGAUGUACGGCAGUGUUGCUCGGCUUAGCGGACUUAAUACUAACUUUGGAGAAAUUUUAAAAGGAAAUCCGUUAGUUGUGUCUUUUUUUUUUUUUUUUUUUUUUUUUUUUUUGGACAGAAAAUAAUAUUUGAGCAAGCUGUUAUUUUAAUAGACCACAGCUCCUGCCUCCUAAAAGCCGCUGUGAAGUUUUCAAACCACAGCAACUUCUUUCCCGGUUUCGGCUAGGUUGGGCACUGUUUUGUUCGCUUGAAAGUUUUUAUAAGUUCUUGCAUCUUCCAGUUUGAUUUCUAGCGUUGCAAUGACAUUAAAAAAAAAAAAAAAAACAAAAACCGCGGGCUUUUGUUUUUAAACUCGGUUGUUCACAUAUCGUUGUGGUUUAUUAAGUGUUUUGUUACCGACCCUCGCUUGGUUUCUAUCCACAAUCUGUAGCUUUCACGACUUUUUAAAAGGGGGAGUUGGGAGAGAGCAGAGCCGUGCGGGUCGCAAACGCAUUUCUUUUAUUUAUAGUAAGUUGUGUGUCUUGGUUUUUCUUAAGCUGUAAACUUAUGUAAAUCGGUUUGUGAAUUUUACUGUGAACUAUGUUUUGACAUAUCGGCUGAAGAAACGUUUCAGUUUUGUUACCGGAUUCCUUCCAAGCAAAUAAGUCAUCGAAAUACCCCCUUCCCUGUUCCUACUCCUCGUUUUGCUUCCUUCUUCCAAACGGAAAGAGAUCAAUAAAUUUUAUAUCAGGCACGUCGGCGGU